AUGAUUAUUAUGCCGGUUCUAGUCAUAAGCGAAUUACUACUCAUGCUUAACCUGCAUUCGAUUUCGGCCAUUAAACCCGGAAAAGUCAUUGCUGACCUAAAUUUGUACCUAUAUUAUGGCAAUCCAAACCAUGUUGCCGCAGAGGGUUACUGUGACCGCACUCUUAAUGAUAAUUGGUGUGAUACAUAUUUUACAAUUUGCUUAACGUCAGCAAAUUCAACUGAAAAAUGUAAUGUCUACACCAAUACCACAGAAGUUCAUUACGACAAAACGUAUGUAAAGUAUGACAAAGAGCAAGCAUUUCGAAUUCCUCUAAAACACCCAAUACCCGAACCAAUAAACAUCGAAGUGACUGUCAUGGAUUACGAUCGAUUUACAGAACCUGACUUGAUUGGAGUAUUUGCAAAUGAUGUUAUGAUUCCAACGCCGAAUGUCAUCACAAGUGCCGGUCUUGUAAAUGUGAAGAAAAAUUAUCAACAAAAAGUAAAGUUGAUAAGAGUUCAGGAAGAAAGGGCCGACAAGCGAUAG